UCACUAAUGACAGGCUAUAAAUUGUUCCAACACCCACUCUAAUUUUCAUCCUCAUCUCAAUCUAUCUCGCUACCCAACCACUGAAACAUAAAAAAAUAUUAAUUGCUGCAUACGUACCCACACAGCUAUGGGCCUCAGCAAGUCUGUAAUUGCCUUCUAUCUUCUUCUUCUUCUGGUGGCUAAAAUGGAAGCACGGCCUUUAAGUAUCCUAAAAUCGAGCCACAGUCCUAAAAGUGCCAAGAAUGGUGAAGGGUCCUUCUUCGAUGGUUUGUCCCUUGGGGCCAUCAAAGAGUCCGGCUCCAGCCCUGGCGUGGGACACAAAUUUAAGGACACUGAUCGCACCCUUGGAGGAAUUAAGGGUGGUGGAAAGCUGUUGUCUCUUGGGGCCAUUGCGACAUCUGGCCCGAGCCCGGGCAUCGGUAAUAAAAAAUACACAAAAAACUCGCAGACCCUUGGAGGGAUCAAGAUCCGAGAUAGUCUCCCUCUCGGGUCAAGUGCAAGAUCCGGCCCUAGUCCCGGUAUUGGUAACAAAAAGUAUGCAAACCCGCAGGCCCUAGGAGGGAUUAAGGUCCGAGAAGGUGCCAGCCCAGGCAAUAAGCAUGUUGGUGGUUUCCUUGAUGGGCUUUCACUCGCGGCCAGUAAAAAGUCCGGCCCGAGCCCAGGUACAGGAAACGGGUUCUCAAACUCCGGAACCCUUGGAGGGAUGAAGGCGCGCAACCAUGUCGGUGGGUUCUUCAGUUGGAGGUCUCUCGGGGCCAUGAAAGGAUCCGGCCCGAGCCCGGGAACGGGAAACGGGUUUAGCAACUCACAAACGCUUGGAGGGAUUAAGGGCCACAGUAAUCAGGUUGGUGGUUUCUUUAACGGGCCGGCUCUUGGAGCCAUGAAAGGAUCGGGUCCAAGUCCGGGCACGGGAAACGGAUUUACAGACCGGCAAACUCUUGGAGGGUCCAAGGAUGGUCCAAGCCCCGGUGAAGGACACUAGCACAGUCCUUGGUGGCUCUAGGAGACUUCAUUGAUUUGAGUAAUUUUAUAUGGUCAAGAAAGAUUAGUUCAUACAGUCAUAUAAACACAGUUAAAUUUAUUCUUUCAAUAAUCAUAAGAUAGAUAUAUAGAUGGAGGUGGUCUGCAUGAGUGCUAGCUUCAACAUUUUUAGUUUUUUCAAUUCUUCAGUUCGUCCGUAAUAAAGUGUAAUACAUAAAUAUGAUUAUUUCUUUUAAUUUGAAGAGUAUGUUAAUGUAUUGAAUUAGUUGGCCUGUCGGUGGGAGUUGGUCAAAGAAGGAAAAGUAUUGUAGAUAUGGGUGUUGAAGUUUGAAGUCAUUCGUUCAAACUAAGUCAUUGUGUUGGAGUCCUAUGUUCAAACUAAGUCAUUUGUUUCACUGUAUUUUUCUCACAAGCUAGUCUAUAUUAAUUCUCAUCUCUUACGUCA